CUCUUGCAUCCCACCCCCAUCGUCAUUCAUCUACUUGCAUCUUUACCUUUUCCUACUCAAUAAACCUCCCCACCAUGUCCUACAUAGCGAGCACGUCGAACGUGUCGGGCUCGGCGAGCUUGACGGUGCCGGACGCAGCGAGCGCCUCGACGAGCGUCGCGCCCGAAAGCCUGCCUGCCAACAUGAUCUCGCUCCCAUUCACUUGGUCCGGCAAGCCCUUCGCGGUGGAGGUGGCUGAGAAUGAUCGAGUCAUCGACCUGCAGUACGCGCUCCAGAAGCUGACGCGCGUGCCGCCCGCGAGGCAGAAGCUCCUGGGGCUUGUGAAGGGCAAGCUGCCGCCUAGAGACGCGUUCAUCAAGGACCUUAAGCUCGCAAAGAAGUUCACCUUGGUCGGUACCGUCGAAGGCGAAGAGCUCUCCGCCCCUCCAGAGGAAUCCGACCAAAAGGACUCCGAAAGCGACGUCGACCUCGCCGACCUCAUCAAGAACAACGACCUCGUCACCGCGCUCGUGAACGACAUUGCGAACCGGCAGAACGUCGAGAACGCGACGAAGAACCUGAGCGUGAACGUCAUCCAUCCGCUUAGGGAGGGGAAGAAGUUGUUGGUGUUGGAUAUUGAUUAUACCAUUGUCGACACUAAGCCCCUCACUUCCGGCAGCUUACCACCAGAGGAGUGCGCGAGACCGGGUCUACAUGCCUUUCUGGAGGCCGUGUAUCCGUAUUAUGACAUCUGCAUAUGGUCGCAAACCAGCUGGAUCUGGCUAGAAACCAAACUCGUCGAAUUGGGCAUGGUCGGCGGGCAUCGAAAUUACCAGAUCUCAUUCGUCCUUGACAAGACGUGUAUGUUUACCGUGAAGAGUGUGCGUGACAACAAGCCCUGGGAGCACUCGGUGAAGGCACUGCAGAUCAUCUGGAAUCACUUCCCGCAAUUUAAUGCAUCGAACACCGUGCAUGUUGAUGAUUUGAGCCGUAACUUUGCCCUCAACCCAAAGGAAGGUAUCAAAAUACGUGCCUUCAAGCACGCCGCAUCGCAAGAAGCGCGACAAGAUACAGAACUCUUCAAGCUCGCCGCUUACUUGGUACAUGUGGGGCAGGCGCCGGACUUGAGAGCGUUCAGUCACAAGGACUGGAAAGUGACGGCGAAGCGGUUGAGGACGAGGUCUUGAUAUGAGACAAGGGACCGUACAGACACUGCAGACAUGGGCUAUACACAGCGCUCGGGUGUAACGGCUGCAGUUGGAGUGGGGGUUUGAUGAUGACGAUGAGCACGACCUUCCGCCUUUCUUCUUUUUUACAUGUAACGGUGGCUGAGGACCCGCCGACACGGAAUAUAGAGACCGCCUCGAACGUCGAGCUUGGUGCUUCGUGCCCCCUGCAGGCGCUGUGCCGGCCGCGGGC